GCAAAAACUUCUCUUGGUCUAAAUCCGUCACCUGAUAUACCGGGUAUUCCAAAAGAAGGAAAUGAUUAUUCAAAAUUAUUGGCUUAUUCAUUAUAUUUUUAUGAAGCUCAAAGAAGUGGAAUCUUGCCUCCAAACAAUCGUGUAUCUUGGAGACAUAAUUCUGCACUUAAUGACGGGAAAGAUAGAAACGUGAGCUUAAUUGGUGGAUACUAUGAUGCAGGUGAUUACAUAAAGUUUACUUUACCAUUGUCAUGGGUAUUGUCUCUAAUCUCAUGGGGUGCAAUCGAAUGGUUUGAUGGAUAUCGACUAUCAAAUCAGACUGAUUAUCUUCGUGAUAUGAUUAAAUGGGGAACGGAUUGGUUGAUAGCUGCCCAUCCUAAACUGGAUCAACUUUUCAUCCAAGUUGGUUCAAUUCCACUUGAUAAUGCUUAUUGGGGUCCUGAUAUUAAAUCAAUUCCUAGUUAUUUUUUUGUUCAUGAUAUCAAUUUAAUUAAUAUCCCCUUUGUUUCGAAAAAUAACGAUAAUAGUAUUCCGUAUCCACGUCCUUCUUUUGAUAUUAAUGCAACAUCACAUGGCACAGAUGUCGCUUCAGAAGCGGCUGCUGCAUUUGCUUCCUCGGCAAUUUUAUUUCGUGAUUUUUUUGAUGAUAAUGAUUACGCAGAGACAUUAAUAUCUCAUGCUAUAGACGUUUAUAAGUUUGCUGAAAGUGCAACUCUAAAACUUUCUUCUACUGAUGACUCUCGAAAUUAUGGAUAUAGUACUUCAUCAUAUAAUGACAAAUUAGUUUAUGGCGCUCUUUGGUUAUACCGUGCCACUAAUCAAGUCCAAUACUUAGAUAAAGCUAUACGUUAUUAUAACCAAUUCCAAUUACACGAUAGUCAAAGAGUUAUAUCAUGGGAUGAUCAUACAGGUGCUUGCAAUAUUUUACUUGCACAAAUAUUCCAUGGUCAAUCAAAUGCAAAUUCUACUCGUUGGCGUGACGAAACUGAAAAUUACUUGGAUAGAAUAAUAACAAAUAAAAGUAAUUGUAGUUUAACACAUGGUGGACUUUUAUGGUGUAAUGGUGAUAGUCCACCAGGAUCAUUACCUAUUGCUCUUACUAGUGUCUUUGCAUUUCUUAUGUAUUCUGCUUACGCAUCUACCACAGAAAAAGCUAAUACAUAUAGAAAUUUUUCGGCUUCACAAAUUGAUUAUAUAUUCGGCGCUAAUCCUAUGAAAAUGUUUUAUGUUGUGGCUGUUCAUCCAAAUUCUCCUAAAAAUCCUCAUCACGCUGGUGCUCAUGGAGGUACAAAUGUAGGAAAUUUAAGUGAUCCAGUAAAUACUAUGCAUCCUUUAUAUGGUGCUGUUGUAGGUGGUCCAAAUAUUAAUGAUACAUAUCAUGAUGUAAGAUCUGAUAUUAUUCAAUCUGAGGUUGCGCUUGAUUAUAAUUCCGCAUUUCAAGGAAUAAUGGCGUAUUACGUUAUAAACACAUAUGUUCCCCCAUCACCAAAUCCAGAAGAUCCAAUAAUUCCCAAUCCACAAAUAUCUCAUUCUCAAAAACUUAUAAUUAUAUUAGUUAGUUGUAGUUUUGUCCUACUAUUAUUAGUUUCAAGUAUAAUAGCAUACAAAUACAAGCAUAAACGAUUUAAUUCUUGUAUAAGUAAUCGAAAAAGAUCAAAAGAUCUUGAAGAAAAUAAUCAAGUCGCAAAAUCAAUAGAUGUUGAAAAAGGUUCAGAACAAAAAGAUCUUGAAGAAAAUAAUCAAGCCACAAAUUCAAUAAAUAUUGAAAAAGAUUCUGAAAGUACAGAAAACACGGAAAGUGAAACGUUACAGGAUUCUGAACCAGAUCAUAACGGUUCAAACGACACUGAAGUAGAACUUUCAUAG